GGAGCUAUUCAUACCUUAAAACAUAACGAGCUUCAUAUCACAAAUACAAGCCCCGGUGAUACGGGAAUAUAUGAAUGUGUCGAUUUAAAUACAUCGUCAGUGAUUUUAGAAAUGGAUUUACAUAUAAUGUAUGCACCGAUACCGGACUCUACAACACCAAUUAAAUCAGAGUUCGGCGCUCCCGUAUCUUCAAAUGUUACAUUGACAUUUUAUGCCGAUGCUGUUCCUGUUCCAAAUGCCUCGGGUUAUUCCUGGAGUAGGUGUAUUAACACGACAGAAGGGAAACAAAUUGCCAAUUCAUCAGACGCUGAACGUUCGAUGGUUUAUAGGACAUUGGUUGAAAACGAUAAAUUCAUUAUUCAGUCAAAAGGACUUGUUUCAAAGUUGACAUUGCUCAAUAUUACUAUCAUUGAUUAUGGAGAAUAUAAACUGACUGUCCAAAAUGGCAUCGGAAGAUCUUGGGAACAAAGUUACACAAUUUGGAGAGAAGGUAGACCCUCAAUGCCGUCUGAGUUUGCCAUUGUGGCUGGUUCAGCUACACUUUCUUCGGUAGUGGUGUCGUGGAAAGGGGGAAGCAAUGGGGGCUCUCGGCAAACCUUCAACGUUGAAUACGCAAUUGUUGAACCAAACAAAGAAGUGUUCCAUGUAUCUGUUGAAGACACCGAACAGGACAAUGAAAACGCUACACUGACGCAAUUAUCCAGUAAUAACGAGUAUACUGUGAAAAUGACGUCGUCGAACAUACACGGAACGUCGGGUUACACUGACGAGAUAAACUUCAGAACGAUGCAAGGACCAAUCAAAACCUACACAAGAAUGGCAAAUGUAACUAUCAUGGCUUCAUCAGCAAGUGGAGGCGCUCUGUUGCUUGUAUCGGUUGUUCUGCUUAUUGUGUGCAUUCGACGAAGAAAGACGUCAUCAGACACAACAAGGAGUGAACAGGAUGUGUACUCACAUUACGAAAUUGCAGAUAGAGCUAACAUGGACAGAAUGAUUUCCGCCGAAACCCACGGAACUGCAGGGACUGGAAAUGGUAACGGAUUUAACAGCAGCACCAAUGAACAACAAGACAUGUACUAUUUACACCCUCAACACCAACAGCCAUACGGUCUCAUUGACAUAGCAGAAGAGUAUGCUACCUGUGAAAGAGUUACAAACGACAAGCAGCCCAUUGCUAAAGUUGUUGGAAUUGUGGAGUUCAAACCUAGCUACAUUGUACAUGGUCAUCACAAGGUCCUUUGGAACAAAAACGGUCGAACCUUUUACACAAAACUCUGCAUCCACUUGGAGCUCGAAGGUGAACUAUUUGUACGGCAGACUGGAUACUACAUUGUUUCUUCGCAGCUGAAUAUUUGGCGACGAAAUGAGACACGCCCACCGAAAUAUAAAACCAGAGCAACGAUUUUCAGUCAUCAUGUUGAUCUCCUUUCCCACAAAUAUGGAACAACUGGUGUCCUGAUGCAAACCAUGAAAUCAAUCGAUAUACAUGGUGGUUACUUUACAAGUUUCCUGUCAGCAGUUUUCAAGCUGAACAAAUAUGACAGGCUCUCUGUAUCUGUAUCCAAUCCUGAAAUACUAGACAUUGACAAUAACAAUGAUCAUUUCCUGGUUUAUUACACUUAUGAUCUGCCAUACUGA